UCUAAAUUCAGAGAGCAACUGUAGUCCACCUUGGCACAUGACAUUUGAAAGGAAAACUAACUGAGGUUUCAGGCUGCAAAAUGAAGCUUCUUCUUCUCAUAACAUUUGUAGCAACCGUCUGCUAUGUCAAUGCAGGCAAGACACAGAGGAUGAUAGCAGCUAUGAAUGCUAUGAACACCAUGAACGCUAUGAACGCUAUGAACGCUAUGAAUGCUAUGAAUGCUAUGAACGGAGGAAUGAUGGCGGGUAUGAACGGUAUGAAUGGAGGAAUGCUGGCAGGUAUGACCGGUAUGAACGGAGCAUUGAUGGCAGGGAUGGCAAACGGAGUGAACCCUGGGAGAAUGGCUGGAGGCCUGAACCCAGUCAUGGCAGCUGGUGGUAUGACAGGUGUCAACGGGCUGCAGUUUGCUCAGUUUGUUCCCAGAGUUCCUGCUUUUGCUGCACCGGCCCCCAUUCCCAAUGUGUACGCCGUCCCUGCACUCAAUGGGUUUCCAGUCCCUCAAAUGGCACAAAUGAAUCCACCUCAGCAGCCUCUGGCGGGGAUUAACGACGGUGCCGUGCAACAGCAGCUUCCUCUUCAGCCUGAUCCAUUGAGGAGAUUUAGGCGUCAUGUUAUGAAACAGGACACCUUAAAGACCACUCUGGAUACUCAGAUUCCAGCUCCCACUGAAACAACAACAACUCUCUGUGACGAAGAAGAACAUCAUGAAGAUGUUUAAGAUGACACAUAAUCACACAAGAAUUGUCAAAGUGAUAGCAAAACUUAAAUUGCAUGAUUUUGUCUAUCACCUAUGACUAUGGUCACCGUGUGUUAUGUGUUACUUUAAAAAUGUAACUUUAGAAUGAAUCUUAUUUAAAAAAAGCAAUUGAUGUGACAUGUUAACUGACCAAUAAAAUUAAUCAUACAUUAAAUCAGAAUUUGU